UAAAUAAGAACGAGCGUGAAACUGCGCAUGUGCAGGAUAGCAGAAAGCCGAAGCAACAAACAAACAUCAAGCAGAGACGGACAGCAACACAGAUCAAGCGCUAUCUAUGCAGAUCGCUAGCUACAUGAGUUAACUUUGAAAAAUGAAAAUCAAAACUGUCGUUUAAUAUACACUGCAGUUCCACCCUAAUGAAGGAGCUCCGUCCUGGCUGAUUUUGGGAGAUGGGAGUACUCAACAUUACAGACCAGCCUCCACUGGUCCAAGCGGUUUUCAAUCGGAAUGCCGAUGAAAUUCAACAACUAUUGCACAACAAGAAAGAGGAUGUCAAUGCACUGGACCAAGAGCGCCGCACGCCGCUACAUGCUGCUGCCUGUUUGGGAGAUGUUCAUAUCAUGGACUUCCUCAUCAAUGCAGGUGCAAAUGUAAAUGCUAAGGACCAUGUGUGGUUAACUCCAUUGCACAGGGCAGCUGCCUCCCGGAAUGAAAGGGCAGUGGGACUACUUCUGCGGCAGGGAGCUGAGGCCAAUGCACGGGACAAGUUCUGGCAGACACCACUGCAUGUUGCAGCUGCCAAUAGAGCCACACGCUGUGCAGAGGCCCUGCUCCCCCAGCUGAGCAACCUGAACAUGGCAGACCGCACUGGCAGAACCGCGUUGCACCAUGCUGCUCAGAGCGGAUACAUGGAGAUGGUGAAGUUGCUGCUGAAUAAAGGAGCCAACUUGAGUGCCAAUGAUAAGAGAGAGAGACAGCCUAUCCACUGGGCAGCGUACUUGGGGCAUCUGGAGGUGGUGAAGCUGCUAGUGUCUCGGAGUGCAGACAAAGGCUGCCAGGACAAGCAGGGUUACACCCCUCUCCACGCUGCAGCUGCCAGCGGACACAUUGACAUCGUCAAGUACCUUCUGAGGCUCGGGGCAGAGCUGGAUGAGCCCAAUGCCUUUGGGAACACUGCACUGCAUGUGGCCUGCUACACAGGCCAGGAGGCUGUGGCCAACGAACUGGUGAACCACGGAGCUAACGUCAACCAGCCCAACAGGAGUGGCUACACCCCACUGCACCUGGCUGCUGUAUCCACCAACGGGGCCCUCUGCCUGGAGCUGCUGGUCAACAACGGGGCUGACGUCAACCAGCAGAGUAAAGAAGGGAAGAGCCCCCUGCACAUGGCAGCUAUACACGGACGCUUCACCCGCUCUCAGAUCCUCAUCCAAAACGGUGGAGAGAUUGACAGUGUGGAUAAAUAUGGCAAUACCCCCCUCCAUGUUGCUGCUAAGUACGGCCAUGAGCUGCUGAUCAGCACUCUGAUGACCAACGGUGCAGAUACAGCCAGACAAGGGAUUCAUGGGAUGUUCCCUCUGCACCUGGCUGUGCUCUAUGGGUUUUCAGACUGUUGUCGCAAGCUACUCUCCUCAGGUCAGCUGUACAGUAUUGUUUCUUCUAUGAGUAAGGAGCACGUUCUAUCAGCCGGGUUUGACAUCAACAUCCCAGACAACUUUGGGAGGACGUGUCUACACGCUGCUGCCUCUGGAGGAAACGUUGAAUGUCUGAACAUGCUCUUAAGCAGUGGUACCGACUUGAAUCAGAGGGACAAGUCGGGAAGGACUCCUUUGCAUUAUGCAGCUGCUAAUGGGAGGUACCAGUGCACCGUGACCCUAGUGAGCGCUGGCGCUGAGGUCAACGAGCCUGACCGUACAGGCUGUACUCCCCUGCACUACUCCGCUGCCUCCCAGGCCUUCUGCAGAAUGGACCGACAUUUCCCCGGGACUCUUCAGAGGGAGGAGGAUGGAGCAAAGGAGUCCUAUUUUAGUUGUUUGGAGCAUCUGUUGGACAACGGUGCAGACCCGUCCCUGGUCAACUCUAAAGGUUACAGUGCCGUUCACUAUGCUGCUUCCCACGGAAACAAGCAGAACCUGGAGCUGCUCCUGGAAAUGUCGUUUAACGCAUUGGGAGACAUUGAGAGCAGUAUUCCAGUGAGUCCAUUGCAUUUAGCUGCUGAUAAUGGCCACUGGCAGGCGCUGCGUGUGCUGACGGAGACUGCUGCGUACGUGGACGUGCAGGAUGCCUCGGGCCGCUCUGUGCUCUACCUGGCCUCCCAGAGAGGUUACGCCCGCUGUGUAGAGGUCCUGCUAGCCCAGGGGGCCUCCUGCCUCCUCAACGAGAACAGACACAUGUGGACCCCUCUACAUGUCGCAGCUGCCAACGGCCACACUGAAUGUCUGCACAUGCUGGUGGACAGUGGGGAGGAGGCAGACCUUACCAACAUCACAGACACACAGGAACAGACUCCUCUGAUGCUGGCUGUCCUGGGUGGCCAUACAGACUGUGUCCACCUGCUGUUGGAGAAGGGGGCCUGGCCUGACACCAAAGACAAGAGGGGCAGCACUGCCCUGCACAGAGGGGCUGCGUUGGGCCGUGACGACUGUGUCACAGCCAUGCUGGACCACAAGGCCUCUGCACUGUGUCGGGAUGGCCAGGGUCGUACCCCACUGCACUACGCUGCCUCCCGCGGCCACACUGACAUCCUCGCCAGUCUGCUGCGUGCGGCCACAUGCUCCGACCCUCUUGACUCCCUAUUGGACCAUGAAGAGUACACGCCAUCACACUGGGCUGCUUACCAAGGGCAAGAAGACUGUUUGGAGGUUUUACUUGAACACAAAACUUGUAGUAUCCAGGAGGGAAACUCCUUUACCCCAUUGCACUGUGCUCUAAUGAAUGGCCAUAGUGGAGCUGCAGAGAUGCUGUUGGAAUCUGCUGGCGUACAGAUGGUUAACACCAGGGAUACUAAAGAAAGGACCCCUCUUCAUGCCGCAGCAUGUGCUGAGGAUGUGGCGGGGCUGCAGCUGGUCCUACGCCACGGGGCUGAGAUCAAUGCCGUGGACCACACCGGACGCUCUGCUCUCAUGGUCGCCGCCGACAACGGACAGAGUGGCACCGUGGCCAUCCUCUUGCACCGAGCCAAGGCUGACCUGACACUGCUUGACGACAAUGGAAACACUGCCCUGCAUCUGGCCUGCAGCAAAGCUCAUGAGAUGUGUGCCCUGCUGAUUCUGGGGGAGAUCCAUAACCCUACCCUCAUCAAUGCAACCAACGCUGCACUGCAAAUGCCGCUGCAUCUAGCAGCACGCAACGGUCUGGCCACAGUUGUCCAGGCACUGCUGAGUCGAGGAGCCACAGUGCUGGCAGUGGAUGAGGAGGGACACACUCCAGCCCUGGCCUGCGCCCCCAACAAGGACGUAGCUGACUGCCUGGCUCUGAUCCUCUCCACCAUGAAACCUUUCCCUCCUCUGGACCCUUCCUCCUGCCCCUGCUCCUCUUCCUCCGUCUCCUCCAGUCUCAACCUACUGAAGCAUUGCGGCAUCACUGCUGCCUGCACGCCGCUGCCCAACGGAGGCCUCCACCAUCACAACGGCUAUGUCAAAGACCGCCAUGCCGCUGUCAGCCUGGACGGAUGCCUUUCUGAGUGAGGUCAUCCUACAUCUACUGUCUGACAGCACUACCAUCACCACAGGGUAGCCUGUGUAUAUGUGUGUGUGUGAGUGAUCUUCUCCUGAAGUGCAGUCAAACCUAUAUGCAAAUGAGCCCACAGCAUCUAUCUAUCCCAGCUCUGUAUAAGUUAGUGCUUAACACUGAGACCGAUCUCUCUUUCUGUAAGGUCACUGGAAUACUGCUUUGUCCCAAAAUGGUUACUAAUAACCACCCACAAAAUCCCUUUAAAUAAUGUCCCGCAAAUAGGUACUCGUCAGCACAGAAAGAUGACUGACAGCUAAAAGCACUGUUUAUUCUUUUCUUUUUUUCUUCUCUUCUUUUUAGUCUUUUGUUGAGUCCCUUUUCUUCUCUUCAUAUCAUUCAGUAUUUAACAUCCUAUGACGUGCUGGCCUCGUAGAGAAAUGCACAGCCUUCCUAAAAGGAGAAUGAUCCAACGGGUUAUAGUGAAGGACUUUAUGAAUGAACCAUACAAAGUCUUACCCAAAAGUGCAAUGCUUAAAUAUAAAGAUUCUGACUUUAACAAAAAAUAAUAAUAAUAAUAUGUACCUUCUGUGGUAACCUAAUAUUUAAACUUUUGGCCUCGUUUUUUUUUUGUGGGGCAUUUUCAUAGAGGAGAAUUUCAUAGGGCUGCUAAAGUUUGAAAGAUGAAUAUGUAAGCAUGUCUCCUUACAAAGGAGAACAAUGCUCAGGUUGGCAUUUCAGCAUACAUUUGCUCUCAAUGCUGAAGUAUUGUCUAGAACACAAUUUUGUGUUUACUAAGUGAGAAUUUGGUUUAAAGCAUAUACAUUAUGACCAAAGGUGAAUUUCACUGCUAUGACUGACAAAAUAUUUAUUUGAGAAAUAUUUACAGAGAAAGAUCGAUGUUGAGAUACCUCUAAGUCAUUUUGCAGCUGCUGAACGGCUAGACAGGGAAAGUAGUAGCAAUGAACCCUUGGUUAUUUAUUUGAAGUCUUUAGGAGCGGACUCGCCCCAUUGACCUUCAGCAAAGCCUCUUGUUUUCUGAGCACAUUAUCUUGAAUUCUAAGAUUACUGCUCAGUGAUAAUCUUACAAGCCAUUUCAAUUGAUUUCCCAUUUUUCUUUUCUUUAAUCAUUCCCAAAACAUUUUGGUACAUUGAAUUCGAAUUACCUUUGGAGAGGAAUCCUAUUUGUAUUAUUUCCCAAAAUGUUGUCUUUGGUCAAUCUGAAGUGUUACUUCAGCCGUUUUGGAGCUGGAGAAAUACCACUGUUACUCUAUCAAAAAGCUUGUAUCUUGUCUAGUACGAUGGUCAGUUCUGGUGUGAGAUUGAAACGCUGGACUGACAAGUGUUCUUCCUUUUUGUUUUUUCUUCUUUUUUUGUUGUAUAAUUUAAGCAAUAUUUAAUUUCUGGCAUUUUGAACGUUAUCAAAAAGACAAUCAUAGUCUCAAGGGCUUUUGUUUCCUUGGAAAUCUUGUUUGAUGUUCACCUCAUUUGUUUGAGUACCGAUACUAGCAACAUGGAAAUGAUCUAUUCCAGACUAAUGGCUAAAGUCUGUGUCCAAGGCAUUUUUCGCUCUGUGCCUAGAACCAAAAAAAAAUGCAAUUGAUUGCCUCCAUGGCAGUACGGAUGCUGGAUAGCAUGAUAUGGCGAACCCUGGGGUCUCACCCACUGGGUAGCAGAGAAGCAUUGGAUCCUAUUCAGACUUGUUAAUCUGUUGAGGAUAUGAUUCCUUGGUUGAGCUUGAUUGUUCAUGUCUCCGGACAGAAUUCAUGACUGAUUAGAGAGACUUGAAAGCCUAGUAGGUAUGUAGGGUUACUUACUGUAGCAAGGAACUGAGAGGAAACUGUUACUCUCAUAUGGCCGGUAGUAAUACUUGUGUUUUUAGUAAAGCCGAUAAGUGUGAAAUUCCUUUUUUGGUAUGUAUCCUGUCUUGUGGCUCUACAUAUGUUGUAGAUUUGUGGUAUCGGACCACUGGAGCGCUCUGCCUGACUUAAUUUAAAUAUUUUUACACCAUCUUUUCCAUUAGAGGAUCAAUAGAUUUCAGUGACUCACUGGGACUCAUUUUUUCAUUUCAUUGCUUCGCCACAACCUCCUCUCUUGAUGAAUGCUAAAUGACAUGCAUUAGUUCUGGAUGAGAAACAUGAGGACCUACUAUGAUACCAGAGUAGCAUAUCAUCUUGUGCCCUAUAGUCAGUGUUGUCCGGGGGAGAGAAUAGUCUCGGACUGUGUGGAACCAGGAACCAAAUGACAUGGAUUGAUUGACAAACAACAGGAAAAUCAUAUUGGCAUUAUUUUAGUUGUAUGCACACUACAAUGAAGUUCCAUUUUAGCCCUGAUCCAAGGCACUUGAGAUAGUUAAGCACUUUAACACAUUCAGCAUAUCUGUGUGCAGUCUGAAUACAUGCAUAUGUAUAUUUACAUAUGGGUUGUAGCUAAAGUGCAAAAGACAGGAGCAGAUUGCGAGGAUUGUAUACGUGGCUUCAUUGACUGAGAUUUAACUUCAAAACUCUAAAGCUAAGAAGAUCUCAUGGUCCAAAAUCCAGUCAUCACGGUGCGGUUUGAUUUGAUGCCAUCCCAGGGUCCACGAACUAGUCCUUGUGGUUAGUCCAGUGAUUUUAGCUAGGCUUGCUUUCGCCGUGCUUGUAUCCUCCUCAGGCUCCUCGCCGAACUCCACACUGAGGGAUGCGUGUUGUACAAUAGAGACACUGAUUACCUCAAUCAUCCAACCGCAGGUGUGUCUGGCUAGCAGGUCAGGUUCACGUUCCCCAGUUCAGACACUGCAUGCAUCAGCCGACGGUUGCGUGCCACGUCAUCGACUGCGUGCCAUCAGGCACCUGAUUGCUAUAACAUAGUGAUGUGGUUACCUGAUAGGUAUUUUACAUAUCUGGCAUGUGCCAGCUACGUCUGAGCAGAGGAACACGAGCCAGAUAUAUGUGUGUGUGUGUGUGUGUGUGUAUAUAUGUAUAUAGAUUUUAUUUUUCAAUCCCCUUGUCCAGCUGAUGGCGCCAGUUCUUCAGUAUAUAUCCCAUCUGGGAGUACCCCAUAUCUGUGUUCCAUUGAUAGACUGAGAACUCAUUGUAAAGGAGCUUGAGAUCAUAAUUCUGACUUUAAAGAAACAAGUCAAAUAUAUUUCCCUAGGGUUUAAUAUUAAGAAGCAAUGAAAGGAUUAUUUGUAGCAUUAAUGACUGUGAAAGACGUGCGCAGCACAUCUAUUGCUCUUCGAUUGUGUUUAAGGCCAAUCCAACAAAGCAUUUCAUAGAUGCCAAUUGAAGAUUUACGGAGUAGUCGUCACGUGAUAAUCUUAGGUCACAGUUAGGGCCUUAUUUGCCAAAGUACAUUGGAUAAUAAAAAAUAUAAACAUUUUAAAAAAGAAUAGCAAUGUGUUUGAGAAAUAUGCAUGCUUUUGAGCAAUGUACAUACUGAAUAUAAAUCUGAGCCAUGAAUUGACUGACAUGUGACUCUAGGGUCAAAUUGGAACAAGACUAUUUGCCAUCUCCUGACUUUUGAACUAUUACACUGCAUUUCUCUGGCAUACAUGAAAUGAUAAAGUAGCAGAAAGAAAUAAUUGUCAUAAUAGUCUUCCUGUUAUGGGUCUUUCUUAAAUGUGUUUCAGCUAUACCGAGGCCCCUAUGUGUAUGUCAUAACCACAUAUUGACACUGGAGACAGGAGGUUGGAGGGUGUGAACAUUCAUCUCGAACACCAUUUAAGAUUGCCUUACAAUAUCUUCUGAACAGGACAUUUAACUACGCUGUAGAUGCUUUCAUUUUUUUACAUGAAUUGGUAGCCAGUUUUUGAAAAGGAAAAUGCACCUAGCUAGCUACAUCCAUUUAGUGCCAUAGAAACCUUUAUUUGCCUUUAAGCAUAAUAGUCAUACUGUACUUGGUCAGUAGAAAAUGUGUUUGUUUGGACUCAUUUACUGUGGUAGCCAUGGUUAGAAUGAACAUUUAUUAUUAUAAUGAUGAAUGAUUAUUAAGUUCUGAUUUGAAGCAUUGCUGGCACAGAUACAGGUCAUGAUGUCAGUGGUGACUAAUGGUUUCAACCACUUAGUACUGAUCGUAGGAAGUGGAAAGCAAUCAUAUAAUAGAGUUGGUGGUAGUCUGGAGAAAAGAAUGGAUGGAAGAUUUCAAAUAUUUAUAAUUGGACAGACUUUGUGUUGGCAAAAAUGGAUAAUAAUAAUAAUGAAUGGUAAUUUCUUUGCCUGUGUUUUGUAAUUAUUAUAGGACAGUUUUUGAUGUUUGCAGAUGUAUGGUUAACAGGGAAUAUAUUUACCUCGUCCUCGAUGGAUGCCCCUAUUCUUACUUGAAGUAUCUUUCAUCGAAUACAAAUGUAAAACAAACUUUAAUUCACAGCAGAGCCUUUUAAAGGCAAAGGAACAAGUUUAUUGCAGUACCUACUAAGUUAUAACACCUAACAUCUUGUUAGUUAUGUUUCCCAGUGGGACUGCUAAAAUCUCUGCUGGUUUUGCUAUUAUGGGGUGUGUCCCGAAUGGCACCCUAUGCCCUACAUAGUGCACUACUUUUGACCAAAGCCCUAUGGGGGGGCCUCUGGUCAGAAGUAGUGCACUAUAAAGGGAAUGGGGUGUCAUUUCGGUCGCACACAGAGAUCCUUUUGGUGUAGAAGCACAUGCAUCCAUGUUGGUGGCACACUGCUCAAGGUUGCCUUGUGAUUGUUUGGGGGAUUUUGCCAUAUUUGUAAGUGAAAAAUUGGGAUUUCACUUAUUACCGGUCUUGUCAGCUCGACUGUCACCUCUAAAACCAAAUAACGCUGUUAAUUAAGUACCUCCAUACCGGUUGGAGAGGAGAAAAAGAACAGACAUCUUACCUUGUUGUCAGUGUGAUUUCUAAGGACCAAAUUUAGAGUUCUAGUAUGUGAAGGGCAGAAGAAUCUGUAAUUCAAUGGAGGUCAUGAGGAAAAGUAGUGUGAAAACACAUUCUAUAGUGGGGGGACUGCUAUGCCAUAAUUAUUUACCCCCUCAAGUUAGUUAAUGUGGGAGGUUUUGUAGAGUAUCACUCAUGCUAGCUUUCCCCCUGCUUGUGGUCUCAUCACGAUUCUUCCAUCAUUUGGACCUGUGUGAUAACCAGCUCAGAGGUGGUUGGUGCCUUUUUUUUAAUGUGUUUUUAAAUGAAUGCUCUGUCUACCGCAUGGUCUUCCAUUUAUACCUUCCGGAAGCCUUUUGAAUGACAUGUAAAAGCAUAGAAGAGCGCAUCUCUCUGAAAAGAACAUUCUCAACCUACAGUAUGUGAUGUGAGCUAUAAUAAGAAACUCGUGUUUUACAUUCUUGGCCCGAUUCUGUGUGCAUGCUAUGGGUCUCCGAACUUGAGUCAUAUGGAGUGAACUAUCUGAACAAUAUCCUACCUGAUGUUGACUGCACCAAUAUUGAAGUAACUUUUUGAAAGCACAAAUCCAAAGAUGGAACCAUUUUUAUUCUUUAAUGUCAUCUCAAGGAUGGCUCUCAAUGCUGUGGCGGUUAGAGCCAAGAAAGGUGGUCAUGGAGAUGAGGAAAGCAUGAGAUUGGAUGGUCAGUACCAGUACUGUAAAUGUAGUUUCUCCUGAAGUCUGAGCAUAUCAAUUCAGAUUGUUUUAGUUGUAUGUAUUUAAUUAAACUCGCUAGCUGUAGAGAAUAGAUCAAGUUGUGAAAAUCCUAUUGGGGUACAGUAGUAAUGAUUAUGUGUUGGUUGUAACUGUUUGGAGUGUUUUUGUAUUAGACUGAUUGAAAGUAGGGGUUUCUUAGUAGCGUUGAUAGUGUGACUGUGCUGUAAUAUAACAUGCGUUGUCAGAUAUUAGCAUGAGGGCGAGGUAGAUCGUCCUCUUUUUAAGCUUGCCUCUUUUAAAAAAAAAUGUUAUUAUUGUUGAAAAAGACGAGUGCAAUAAACCUUAUUUAUCAUUUCCUUCCUCAAGUAAAAGAACAUGUCCUGCGUUUUCAAGGCCAAAAACAAAAUAGACUUCCUGUGGCUGGCAGUAGGAUUGGAACCUUUCCCCACUGCUUUGCAUCCAGAGAAGUGGCACUUGUUAGAGUCUAGAAUAUGGAAUUGCAUUCUUAGGACUGUGUGAUUUUUGAUAUUCAAGUAUCAAAGCUGCUUGCUCAUAAGGGAGACCAUGUACAAGAUGAUUUGACUGGUUGAUCAACCAUGUGUGUUUUUUGUUCUUGCAGUUGGAUGGCGUUUUAUGGAGGGAAUCUCCUUGAAUCUGAAAUGUUUUGCUUGCGUGUGUAGGUGUGUACGUAUGCGUCGUACUCCGUAUCAAAUUAAAUGUUUUUUUUUUGGGGGGGGGGAGUAAAUUUAAGUGGUUUAAAGAAAUGCUGAAAUACUUUCUUGUUUUCAGAAGAAACGUUAAGAGAGACUCCCCCCUAAUUCAUCUCACCCUCACUAAAUGGGGGUGUGCGUCUUUCACAAUCUUACUACUUGCUCAGUGUGUGUGAUGAACUUGUACAGUGAAGAUCAGAACAGCUUAAGAAAGUUGAGACCAUUUCCUGAACUGCACAAGUAUAAUGUUGAGGGGGUGAAUGGCAGGUCUCCCUUAAUGUAAGUAGGCAGGCCUGUCUAAAUCGGACAUAUCGACGACAAUGGAAAUGAAAAGGUAGCGAAAAAAGUGUACCAGUAUCGUAAGAUCAGCUCAGUGCCUAGGGUAGGACGUGUAUACCUACUGUAUACACCUUUUUGACAUGUACUAUGCUGGAAGCCCGUACGAUAUUGCUUGUUCCCCUUGAAAUUCCCCUUUUAAAUCCAGCAGAGGUAGGAAAUAUUCGAAAACCACUUUAGCCAUUACAACAGUAAUUUGCUGUACAAGCAGCUUAUACGUCACCCACGAUGAAGUCAGUGGCCAGACCACCUCUGGAGUAUAUCUCCAUAAUGGGGAUUCUCCGAGAGCACAGUGAUUUGGACACUAUCAGUUGGAGGUACUCUAUGGCCUAUGUGCUCCCUGAGCAAUACAUGUGGAAAGGAUGUAUGUAUUCAUUGGGUAUAUCCUGUGAUAUUUGUUGGUCCUUCUGCUGUUUCUUUAUUUGUUCUGCAGCACCCUAACUGAAUGUGAACUGAUAAAGACCGACCUAAGGGUUAGUUGCCUGUUUUUACUCAGUGGCUUAUCUGUUGUAAAUACUAUGGAGUGGACCCCAUACCAGGAGAGGGGGAGGAGUCUGAAUUAGGGCACAUGAUUAGUUGUAAUCGAAUGGUUUCUCAAUGCACCUUUUUAAAAAGAGAUUUGGUUUGUCCGCCAAACUUUCCAAUACCCAACAGCAAAGCUUGCAGAAACUAACAACUUCUCUGCUGGUGAAUGGUAGUAUCUUUGACCGAUCUACAGGUUUCUGUAUUUUUUUCCCCCCCAGCGGAAGGAACCAUUCCCUAUUUUAACUCUUGAUUACCUCAUUUACAAACCUUCAAAUACUAUUCUACUGUAAGAAGAAAAUGCCAUCACCAGCUUGUGCUCUAGGACCAAUGAUGUAGCUCCAUUUCCAAAUUAAUGAAUUCAAACAUGGCCAGUCAAGGAAUAUAAACACGCCUCUCACUUACUACAAAUUCUAUAAGGUUGGUACAUAAUGGUAUUCAUGGAAAUAAACUUGUUUGCAUUUCUUGCGGUUUUCAGUAGAAGCAUUUUUCCUACCUCUAAAUUGCAGCUUUGAGUUCAUCUCCACCUGUUUUGACAAACAAAUACACAGUAGCCUAUGAGAACCUUAGAAUUUUACCAUGAACAAUUAUAAUUCAACAUGAAGUGUGCUUGAUUGUAUGUAUAAUUGUGUGUUCAACAUGAAAUUAUUUAUGAAAAACAUAUUAGAAAAUAGCACUGGGAUGUGAAGCCAGACUGUGUUAUGACUCAUGUCUUCUACCCACACUAGACAUUAAUUUUGACUGAUGUGCUCCUUGCAUAGCAAAACCCCUUGUUUUUGGGAUGAAUUACAUGAAAGAGUACAUUGGCAUUUUCUGUUUGUCUUUGUCUGGAAUCGAUGUACAAAUGUUUUCAUGUGCUCUACAUCUCAGUUAGAGUUUACAGCUUCCUGGAAUGUGAAUGUUUUUUUGGGUUAGUUAUUGCAUACGUACGUACAGCUGGUUUAGUACUAUCAUAAUAUAUAUUUUUCACAGGUUGUCAUGGGGGAGUCAGGUUAUAUGCACAUUGUUAUAUUCUGUACGUGGGUGAGUUUUGUUCCCCUCAAGCCGUAUGCCUUCAAAAACACUAAUCCACUCCAAACCAAACUGUUGGUAGGUGUUUGCCUCCCCACCAUAAUCUCUGUAUAGCUGCUUUAAUUCCAUGUGAACAGGGGACCAGGGAGAGGUCCGGUAUCUGACCAGACAGAUCCUUGCCCUGCCCCCACAUUCCCAUUCACCCCACUAUCCCUCCAAAAACCUCAAGCCAUUUCUUUAUUUGACAAUGCAAUCAAUCCUGAAAGCACUUUGCCUUGUUAUUCCAUUGUGUGGACAAUAUGUAAAUGGUAAUUUGUUAUAGAAAUGUAAAAGAUAAUUCACAAUUUUGGAAGAAUCUGCAUCUGUCUUUGACACUAAAAUGAUUUUAAAGGAUUUAUUAAACAUUUGAACCUAAAUCUAUUUUAUACGAUGUUUGCUGCAGCCAGUUGGUCUUGUCAUUCAGUAUUGUGGCUUAGGGUUGGUUGUGUGUUUUAAAUAAAGUGCUAUUGCUGAAUAUUCAA